AUGCAACAAGCCAAGAAAUACACUCGGUACUCGUCUCCAACUAUAUGUCGCCCUUACGGGUUUGAACAGGGAUUUGCCAAAGGUCAAAUUGGACCCUCUCUCAUAGACCUUCAAAUCAUCAGUGGAGUGGGCUUGGGAGAGGGUUCCGCCCUCCUGACCACAAUAUACCUCGGCUACAUGGGCGGGGCCUGCGUGGGCGGAGCCAUCUACAGCAGAGUGAGGAAGACUUACAUUCUGACAGGCGCGAAAUCCUUGCUGUCCGUUGUCACAUUAGUGAUACCAUGGUGUUCCGUCUACUGGAUGAUGGUCGUCGUCUUUUGUUUUUUUGGGUUAAGCCUUGGAGUCACAGAUUCAGUUGCUAGUGGAGACUUACAAAAUACCUGGGGUAAGGAUGGGCGACCGUACAUGCAAGGGAUGCAGCUGAUGUAUGCAGUUGGAGUCGCCGUGGCCCCCCUGAUUGCUGCCCCUUUCUUGUACUCUCCAGUGCCCCCUAACGUCCGACAAAACGAAUCCGAUAUCGAUUUAUGUGUCUUUCAAUCUAAUGAAACAAAGUUAUCGACUGCUUUCUCCUGUUUUAACAGGGAAUCAUACAAUGUAUCUAAGAAUGGUUCAGUAUCUUUUAAUCACCCGUCACGAGGAAAGACACAGCUCUACAUGUCAUAUAUGUUUACCACCGCGUUCAGUGUUAUCGUUUGCUUAGCCUUCGUUGCAUUCUACUUCCGGUUUGAACGCCAAUCUCAAAAUACUACAAAUGAAUUGAGCAUUCCGAAAGAAUUUGAGACAAGAAAGCUGCCAAAAUCAUUGAAAUGUUUCACACUCGGGAUGUUAGUAUCUAUUUCCGGUUUGAUCUGUUGUAUUGAUGAUACAUUUCUCGGAUUCCUAACCACAUUCUGCGUGAAAUAUCUUAACUGGACUAAACCGCAAGGGGCCAUGUUGACGUCAGCGUCUAGUUUCGUGGUAGUGAUUGGCAGAAUGUUAGCUGUAGUUUUCAUACAGCUAAUUAGCCCAAUGACUCUCAUAGGUGUCCAUUGUUUCGUGACAAUGCUAUCAUUUGUGGGAUUAUAUGUAAGCGCCGUUCGCUUUUCUUCCAUAGGAGUGUGUAUUGCCUCCCUUGUAUUUGGGUAUGGGAAGUCAGCCAUUUUGGCCAGUGUGUUUUCCUGGAUUGAGGAGAUCGUGAGCCCGGUGACUGGUAAAAUUUCGGCCUUAGUCUUUUUCGUGAUAACCGCUUUGACGGCCAUGAAUCCUGUUAUUCUAGGCAACAUGAUGGAAAACUUAACAAAAACAUUACUUAUGGAAAUUAGGGGGAAAACUAUCUCAUACUCCUCUUUCAAGAAAAAGGAACGAGGUCAAAUAGAAAAUGAACUAAGGGAAGAAAUAGCAGAGCUAGAGGCUAGGGAAAAUAUACCAUUAGAUGUCUUAGAGUUAAAAAAAGGCUGA